UGACGUGUCAGGUGAUUAAUGAGUGGGAGGAGGUUAGAGUGGGACACAGAGACCCCUUUGUUAUUCGGUGUGUGAGCGCCGCCGAGCCCGCCCCUUUGUGUCUGUCACUGAGGAGGGGGAGGGGUCUGUAGCCUUAUUGCUGCUGCUUGGGCUGCACACGGGCCAGACAUGCUGAGGUGAGCCGGAGAGACGCUGCAGGGGAGGGGGUUGUCUCAUCCUGCAGCACUAACUGCAUUCCUCUGCUGGAUGUAUUCCCCGCACUUGCCGCCUCUGGAGCGUCCCAUACCCGUGUGGAUCCCGGGCUUGUUGUGCCUGCAGAUAACCAUGUCAUUCCUCCGCCAGCUGUGGCAGCACAAGGACGUGCUCAUUACUUUCCUGCUGCCCCUUCUCUUCCUGCCCCUGCCCCUACUCACUCACAGCAAGGAAGCAGCAUGUGCUUACAUCUUAUUGGUCACUGCCGUUUACUGGAUAUCGGAGGCCAUUCCACUCGGUGCCGCAGCUUUAGUUCCUGCCUUCUUGUUCCCACUCUUUGGCGUCAUGAAAUCGAGUGAGGUGGCAUCUGAAUACUUUAAAGACAUUCAUCUCCUUCUGUUUGGUGUUGUUUGUUUGGCCACGUCCAUCCAGAAGUGGAACCUACACAAACGGAUAGCGCUUUGGAUGGUCCUGUCCGUUGGAAGCAAACCCAGCUGGCUUCUUUUGGGUUUCAUGAGCUGCACCUCUUUCCUCUCCAUGUGGUUAAGUAACACAUCCACAGCUGCUAUGGUAAUGCCUAUUGUGGAUGCAGUGCUGUGCCAGCUAAAUAGCGCCGCCCCUGAGGAGAAAGCCUUAACCGACUCUAAAACCAGCACAUCUCAGAAUAACGAGGAUACUACAAAGAUCGAUUUAACGUCUCUUCCAGAAAGCAAUAACAUGUUGGAUAACGGCAUAGCCAACACAGAAGAACGAGAGGAGGAGCCAGCAUUUGCGACCCGCACCUAUGCAAAACAGGGUAAAACUGGUCGGUUCUACAGGACUAAACGUGAUCACAUGAUGUGCAAAGCUUUCUCUCUGGGGAUUGCCUACUCUUCUACUAUCGGCGGGAUGUCCACGCUGACCGGCACUUCCACCAACCUCAUAUUUAUUGAACAGUUUGAAACUCGCUACGCUGGAUGCCAGCUUGUCAACUUUGGAUCUUGGAUCGCUUUUUCCUUUCCCAUCGCUUUUAUCAUCUUGAUACUUUCCUGGUUGUGGAUCAACUGGCUUUUCCUUGGCUGUAGCUUUAAAGACUUGCAGUGCUGCGGAAAAUCAAAGUCCCCGACUGACUUGGACUCCAGAGAUAUCCUGAAACAAGAAUACGACAAGCUGGGGCCUCUCAGCUACCAGGAGGUUGUAACGCUCGUGAUCUUCCUGCUGAUGGCGCUGUCUUGGUUUACGCGGGACCCUGGAUUUAUCCCAGGUUGGGAUUCACUGUUUGGACUGAAAGGCUACAAAUCCGAUGCUACCUCAGCCAUUCUCUUUGGAUUUCUAUUAUUUAUUAUUCCCGGAAGGAAGCCCGGCUGGUUGUGCUGUAGAUCUAAAGAGAAAUCCAGAACUCCCCAAGUGGCAGAAUCUACUCCUAUGAUAACGUGGAAGGAAUUUGAAGACUGUAUACCCUGGCAUAUUGUAAUCUUGGUUGGAGGGGGCUUUGCCCUUGCCAAGGGGUGCGAAGUGUCAGGACUUUCUACCUGGGUGGGGCACAGGAUGGUACCUCUCAGUAGUCUGCCAAUUUGGAUCAUUGUAUUUAUUGUGUGUCUGAUUGUGACCACUGUGACGGAAGUUGCAAGCAACCCCGCUACGAUUACUAUAUUCCAACCCAUCCUUUCUUCACUGGCUGAAGGAAUAGGAAUAAACCCACUCUUCGUCAUCAUCCCAGCAACAAUAAGUGCCUCAUGUGCUUUUCUCUUGCCGGUGGCCAAUCCCCCGAAUGCCAUCGUGUUUUCCUAUGGACAUCUGACCGUGCCCGACAUGAUAAAAGCCGGACUGGGGACCAACGUGAUCAGCAUGUUGGCAUUGUGGUUCGGGCUUUACGUUUGGGGAAUCCCGAUGUUCGAUCUGAACAGCUUCCCGGAAUGGGCCUCCCAUAGAAACUUGACAUCACUAGCAGCUCCAUAAUGGACAUCAGCUUUUUCUAAAAUCCAGUCUUUUACAGGGAGCGAUGGCAUUCUUGGUUCGGAGGACAGAGUAAAAUGGGCAUCUAGUGGUUUUGGACACGGGCAUCUUUUUUUUCCCUCACUCCUUCAUUCACGUUUAUAGAGCACUCUCGCAAAUGUAACCCUUUUUUUGCCAGUAGGAACGAGAGCAUUUCUUACUGCUUCAAAAAAAAACAAAAAAAAAACUGACUUUGGUGCUU